UUAGCUGCUGAAAGAAUAAAUAGUCAGAUCUCUGAGACUAUCCUGAGGGAGAGAAAAGAAGCAUUCCGAUGAAUUAGGGAAAAUCAGGCUUUCUAAAUUUACCAGCCCGUGCUGGUGGCUGUAGACAAGCCUUUCAGGCUCUGCUGGCUGUGAUGGAAAUACAGUGCUUUUGUGGGUUUUUGUUUGUUUUUUUUUUUAAUGUUGUUAAACAUAGAAUGUUCUGCAUUUGGAAAGGUCGUGGCCACUCCUCCUCUGCCAGUUGAAGCCACUCCCUACAUAACCCAAACACGUUACACUCCAUGAUUCUGAAGGUAUUUUACAUUUUAACACUAGCUUUUGUGCACUGAACCACAUUUCAGUACAUUUUGGGGAAAAAAAAGAAGAGGAUUUUUUUUUUUUUAGGAGGCAAAUAAGAAUGAUUCAAACAGCACCUCAUUUUCAGAGCUCAGAAGCACUGUAAAAUCAAGCUUGAAGCACUGACCAGCUUUAAUUUAAAAGACAACAAUAUAUAAUGCAUAUUUGUUUUAGUGCUGGUUUCUGUGUUCCAGUUCAGAAUCCAACACAUAGAUAGCAUGUAAAUUGCUGCUAACAGUUUUUCAGAUUAUAUAUUUAAGAAUUUAAAGCUUAUUGGUAUAGAAUCAUGUCACAGAGUUCAGAUCUGAUCUCUGGGUAGCUUGUAGUCUUGAAUAAAGUUUAGCACCGAACUCAUCGUACUUGCAUAUGUUCAGGUUCUGUAUUUUUAGUUUCCACUGUGCCUUCUGUCAUGGCUUGGAUGACUUACAUUUCCCACUGGUUUGAUGAAGAUGAUUGGUAUGAAGGACAACAACGAGCAAAAAUGUCACAGGUUAAACAAGUGGGUCUUUUAGCUGCUGGAUGUCAGCCAUGGAACAAAGAUGUGUGUGCUGCUAGUGGGGACAGAUUUGCCUACUGUGCUACCCUUGCUAUUUAUAUUUAUCAGCUGGAUCACCGUUACAAUGAAUUCAAGCUCCGGGCAAUUAUGUCUGAGCAUAAGAAGACAAUCACAGCCAUAUCCUGGUGUCCACACAAUCCUGACAUGUUUGCAAGUGCCAGUGCAGACAGUUUAGUAAUUAUUUGGAACGUGACUGAACAGAAAGUUGUGGCCAAGCUGGACAACACAAAAGGAAUUCCUGCGUCACUUAGCUGGUGCUGGAAUGCAGGUGAUGCAGUUGCAUUUGUGUCCCACAGAGGUCCCUUGUACAUUUGGACUAUCUCGGGACCUGACAGCGGAGUAACUGUACACAGAGAAGCACAUAGUUUCUUGUCAGAUAUCUGUCUAUUUAGAUGGCAUCCAAAGAAAAAAGGAAAAGUAGUCUUUGGACAUACUGAUGGAAGUCUGUCUGUUUUUCAACCAGGCUCUAAAAAUCAGAAACAUGUCUUAAGACCAGAGUCUCUUGAAGGAACAGAUGAAGAGGAUCCUGUUACAGCGCUGGAGUGGGACCCUUUGUCAACUGACUACCUUCUUGUUGCUAAUUUACACAAUGGCAUUCGACUAGUUGAUUCUGAAUCUCUGUCCUGUAUCACAACGUUUAAUUUUCCCAGUGCAGCAGCAUCUGUUCAGUGUUUAGCCUGGGUUUCUAGCGCACCAGGAAUGUUUAUAACUGGAGAUUCUCAAGUUGGUGUGUUACGUAUUUGGAAUGUUUCACGUACAACACCUAUAGAUAAUUUUAAAUUGAAGAAAACGGGUUUCCAUGGUUUGCAUGUACUAAGUUCUCCUCCAAAGAAAAAGUCAUUUUUAUCACCAUCUCCAACUAAAAAUCAUCAUACAUCCUCGACAAGUGAGGCUGUUCCUCCUCCAACUUUAACCCCAAACCAAGCAUUUUCUCUUCCUCCUGGUCAUGCUGUCUGUUGUUUCAUGGACGGUGGUGUGGGGCUUUAUGACAUGGGAGCCAGAAAGUGGGAUUUCCUUAGAGAUUUGGGACAUGUUGAGACCAUCUUUGAUUGCAAAUUCAAACCUGAUAACCCUGAUCUUCUUGCUACAGCUUCAUUUGAUGGCACAAUAAAAGUUUGGGAUAUAAAUACUUUAACAGCAGUUUACACUUCUCCUGGUAAUGAGGGGGUUAUUUAUUCAAUUUCUUGGGCUCCAGGAGAUCUGAACUGCAUAGCGGGUGCAACAUCCAGAAAUGGUGGCUUCAUCUGGGAUGUCCCAAGAGGCAAAGUGAUAACCCGAUUCAGUGAGCAUGGAAAGAAUGGAAUCUUCUGCAUUGCCUGGAGUCAUAAAGAUUCCAAAAGAAUAGCAACCUGCAGCGGUGAUGGAUUUUGUAUUAUUCGAACCAUUGAUGGCAAGGUUCUUCACAAGUACAAACAUCCAGCUGCAGUGUUUGGCUGUGAUUGGAGUCAAAACAACAAAGAUAUGAUAGCUACUGGUUGUGAAGAUAAAAAUGUUCGUGUUUAUUACUUGGCAACCAGCUCUGAUCAACCGCUGAAAGUUUUUACAGGGCAUACUGCAAAGGUGUUUCAUGUACGAUGGUCUCCUCUGAGAGAAGGAAUCCUCUGCAGUGGCUCUGAUGACGGUACUGUUCGAAUAUGGGAUUAUACGCAGGAUGCUUGUAUAAAUAUUCUUAGUGGACAUACAGCUCCAGUACGGGGACUGAUGUGGAAUCCUGAAAUUCCUUACCUUCUAAUAUCUGGCAGUUGGGACUAUACAAUUCGAGUCUGGGACACAAGAGAUGGAACGUGUUUGGACACAGUUUAUGAUCAUGGUGCAGAUGUGUAUGGAUUAACAUGUCAUCCUAGUCGUCCAUUCACUAUGGCAUCUUGCUCUCGUGACUCCACUGUGAGACUCUGGUCAUUGACACCUCUUGUAAAUCCUCUACAAAUCAAUAUCUUAGCAGAUAGAGGUUGGGAUGAGGUUAUUGGUAAUACAGAUCGUGCUGUGGAAUCUGGUGCUCCUCCUUUGCUGUGUGGUAAAGUUUCCAGGGAUAUUAAGCAAGAAGUGGAAAAACUGACAGGAAAUCCUCGAGGAAAGAAACUAAGAUGGUUUUCAGAAUGUUUUUCACCUCCAGGAGGCAGCAAAAAUUUGUGGGAUUUAGUUGCUGUAAUAAAAGGACAGGAUGAUAGUCUGCUUCCACAAAACUACUGCAAAGGAAUUAUGCAUAUGAAACAUCUCAUUAGAUUUAGAAUGUCCAAAGCACAAGAACUGACGACAGUAAAAAUGUCCAAGUUUGGAGGUGGUAUCGGUGCACCAAGCAAAGAGGAAAGGCUUAAAGAAGCUGCAGAAAUACAUUUAAGAUUAGGACAAAUUCAGCGAUAUUGUGAACUGAUGGUAGAGCUUGGAGAGUGGGACAAAGCUCUCUCAGUUGCACCUGGUGUAUCGAUGAAAUAUUGGAGGAAGUUAAUGCAAAGGAGAGCUGAUCAGUUGAUUCAGGAAGAAAAUGAUGAUGUCAUCCCAUACUGUAUAGCUAUUGGAGAUGUAAAGAAACUAGUUUCUUUCUUUACUUCAAGAGGCCAGCUUAAAGAGGCUCUGCUUGUUGCACAGGCAGCUUGUGAGGGAAAUAUACAAAUGUCACCACUCUCCACAACAACUGGAUCUUCACAUUCUGAUUUAAACAAUACAGAUGAUUACUAUGAGCUCCUUCAGAAAGUCAGUAAAGAAUUGGCAGAAUGGUAUUUCCAAGAUGGCCAUGCAGUGCUUGCAGCAUGUUGCCAUCUGGCUGUUGAAAAUAUAGAGCUUGCCAUGGCAAACCUGAUUCGUGGAAAUGAACUGGAGUUGGCAAUCAGUGUGGGUACUGUCUUAGGAGAAAAUGCAGCACAAGCAACACAUUAUGCCCUAGAAUUACUAGCAAGAAAAUGUAUGACAGUAACAACAUGCUCUCCAUCCCUUGGAUACAGGGAUUUAGCAGCCGAUCUUCUUAUGAUGAUUCCUGAUAAUAAACUGCAUUUGGUAAAGCUAUGUGCUUUUUAUCCUGGAUGCAUAGCAGAAAUAAAUGACCUACAUGAAAAGUGUAAUCUUCCUGAUGCAGAAGAAUGUAUGCGAUUGGCAGAGACAACUGAGGCAGACGGGGAUAUAUUUGAAACUAUAAAGUACUAUCUGUUAAGCACAGAACCAGAGAAGGCUCUCCCUAUUGGCAUUCAAUAUGUGAAAGAACAACUUCGUGGCUCAGAUUGGACUUUAGAUUCAAUCUGCCCAUAUCUUGAUCUUCUAAGUUACAUACGUACCGAACGAUUAGUGUUGCAUAAAUGUAGCAAGUUUCGGAAUGAGUUGUUGAUUUUGUGUGGUUACAUUGGUGCUUUACUUGCUAUCAGAAGACAGUACAAUAGCAUUGUACCUGCACUUUAUGAGUAUACAAGUCAGCUUUUAAAAAGACGGGAAGUAUCUGUACCUUUGAGAAUUGAACAGCUCUCCGAGGAAUUAGAUGCAUGGCAAGCUUGUACUCAGUUAAGCAAGCCUACAGAUGAAUUGCCAUGCACCCCACCAUCUGAAUCGCAAAAAAUGGUGUAUUCAAUACUGGUAUCACGAAUACAAGAGGAGCCUCUCAAAGGAAUGAUUGGGCCAGACUAUGUCACUGGAUCAAAUCUUCCUAGUCAUUCUGAUGUUCACAUCUCUUGUUUGACUGGGCUAAGGAUACAGGGUCCAGUGUUCUUCCUUGAAGAUGGAAAAUCUGCUAUUUCACUGAAUGAUGCUUUGAUGUGGGCCAAAGUGAAUCCUUUUUCACCACUAGGAACAGGAAUACGACUUAACCCAUUUUGAUGCAAUGUUUUCCUCUGUUCUUUGUAGUG